GAGCAACCGGAACUUUCCAGAAGCACCAAUACUUCGAUAUGUACUCAGGGGAUGUUAAUCUUUUACUGAAAUUCCUAAAAGAAAUUCCAGAGGGCUACCUAGUAUUGGUGGCCUCAUUUGAUGAUCCAGGAACAAAACUGAACCCCGAAGUCCGGACCUUGCUCUCCAACCUAGGAAGCGUCUACGCGAAGGACAUUGGUUUCCGUGACAGCUGGGUCUUCUUAGGGGCCAAAGACAUCAAGGACAAAAGCCCCUUUGAAGAGGUAAAGUCCCCUAUGGGUGGGCCGACGUGGCUUCCAGGGAGCCGAGAGCUGCUAGAACAGACAAUCAGGCUGGGAUG